GAAUCACUUGAGAUAGACGGGUAGAGGCAGCUCUGUAUAAAUAGGCGUCAUUGUGUUUUCGGGGGCCUCAGAAGAGACUUGUUUUCCAAGUGUAGCGGAAGCAGCGGGCUCAUCUUAAAUGGAUCGUAUCGGAAUAUUUGGUUUCGCCCUGCUUUUGAUUGGGAUAGCGAUGGUCCACUGCUAUCCCCAAAACCAGUUAGGAGCGCAAUGGCAAAACCCUUGGCUUCGUCCGCAGCAACCAGACCAGCCGCCGAUAUCUUCGGACAGGGGCCGCAGCUCCACGACCACCACUGCCCGACCAACAACCCAGUCCCCGCAAUACUAUGCUUGCUUUCAGUCCUGUGGAGCGACCAGUGAGUACAAUCCCAUCUGCGGCAGUGAUAACGUAAACUACUACAAUGAAAACAAAUUCAACUGCGCCCUGGGGUGUGGCUUGAGAAUCCGACAGGUGCACAACGGCAUUUGUUAACAACUUAGAAGAUAAUGGGUCGAGCAACUGGCGGCUUAUCUACGUAUUUUAAAUAUUACAAAAUCAGUCUAAUCGAUGACAUCAGAGAAUAAACACGAAUACAUAAAAAGCAAA